CUUCAGCUGAAGCCACUUCUUCGAAAUGAACCAGAUUUUAUUAUGCUCUCCAAUUUUACUGCUGCUUUUUACAGUGGCAAGCUGCGAUAGUGAGCAACAACUCGAUUCAGCUAUGCACCUGAAAAGUGAUUCUACGAAAAGUGCAUCUCUGAAAAAUGUUGCUCCCAAGAAUGAUGAGACACAGGCCAAAAUAGCCAAAGAUGAUGUAGCUCUGAAAGAUGCGAAAAAGGGCGAUUAUAUAAUGGAUAUCGAUAUUUCUGAUUUGCCGCUGGAUGAUUAUCCAAUCAAUAGGUCCAAAUCACUAAAAAGCUCUUCCAUUGACUUGAAUAAUAUUCCUUUCAAUAAAGGACUAGAUGAUUUCCCGGCAAAAGAAAAAAAUCAAGGAUCCAAUCAAAGUGCGCUCAAGGCCCUGCAACAGAGGUUACUAACGGAGCAGAACAAUAGUUUACUUCUCCGGAACCAUUCCAUAUACUUGAUGAAAGAAAUAGAGGCCAGAAAAACGGAUAUUAUCAAAGUACGACAGUUAAACCUCGAUUUAGAGCUCGAGCUAAAUACUGUGAACCGCAGACUUUUGGAAUUGAAUGGGCAACUGCAAAACACUCGAAAGUCCACAAAGCCGUGUAAGAAACGUUCUAGUAAGGAUAGCGCCCCACCUGCCGCCAAUCAGUUUCAGGAAGCCAACGUCAGGAACACUUACCGUAACAAAUAUCUAACACUUCUGAAAGAACUUAGUCAGAAGAUCAAUAACGAAAUCGCGAAAGUCGCUACCGAUGUACCCACGGAGACAAAUCCUUCCCAAGGGAAUCUACCAACACUUUAAUAGUUAAAAUCAUAUGGUUUCCCAUCAUUUAAGAACAGAAACAAUAGUAUUGAGUCAUUGCAAGACCUUCUAAUUGCGCACUUACUUAUUUUUCUGAUCUUGUUAGCCGUAAUAAAUGCGAUUCAUAACGCUUAGGCC